AUGGAUUCUUCGCAAUUUAGACAGGCUGCGCAUGCGGCUAUCGAUCAAAUCGUCGAUUAUUACGAUAACAUUCGCGAUAGAAGAGUACUCUCCGAUGUCGAGCCCGGGUAUCUCCGUCAACUACUCCCACAGGGAAUCCCAGAGACCGGUGAGAAAUGGGAAGAUAUCCAAAAGGAUAUUGAGGCAAAGAUCAUGCCUGGGAUGACACAUUGGCAAUCUCCCAACUUCCUCGCAUUCUUCCCAUCCAACUCGUCUUUCCCCGGUAUCUUGGGUGACAUGUACUCCGCUGCAUUCUCAUGUGCUGCCUUCAACUGGCAAUGUUCACCCGCAGUCACAGAGCUGGAAACAAUCGUCCUAGACAAUGUUGCCAAAUUAAUCAACCUGCCAGAAGAAUACCACUCCACCAGCGAAGGCGGUGGUGUAAUCCACGGCACAGCAUCAGAAGCCAUUGUUACGGUUAUAGUAGCGGCACGGGACAGAUACAUUGCCAGAAGCAAGGAAAGAUGGGCAGAAGAAGGUCUUAGUGAAGAUGAAAUUGAAGAUAAAGUGUGUACGUUAAGAGGGAGGAUGGUAGCGUUAGGGAGUGACCAGGCGCACAGUUCUACGAAGAAAGGGGCGAUUAUUGCGGGUGUUAGGUUUCAGACUAUCGAAACCAAGAUUGGAGACUAUGCCCUCAAUGGCGAGUUAGUGAAGCAAAAGAUCGAGGAUUUAGAAAGUAAAGGCUUAGUGCCGUUUUAUAUCACUGUUACUCUCGGAACGACCCCAACGUGCGCAACCGACGACUUCGCCUCUAUCUCCGCCACCCUCUCAACAUACCACACCACCCACCCCACUACUCCCAAAAUCUGGGCUCACAUUGACGCCGCCUACGCCGGUGCAGCUCUAGUAUUACCAGAAUACUCCCACAUCCCCAGCAUCUUCCCCACUUUCGCCGAUUCCUUCGACUUCAACAUGCAUAAAUGGUUACUCACCAACUUCGACUGCAGCUGUCUAUACGUCAAACGUCGUCGAGACCUUAUCGACGCCCUAAGUAUUACCCCGGCCUACCUACGUAACGAAUACAGUGACCGCGGGUUAGUCACCGACUACAGAGACUGGCAAAUCCCAUUGGGUAGGAGGUUUAGAAGUCUUAAAGCGUGGUUCGUGACUCGUACUUUCGGAGUCGAAGGACUUAGAGCACAUGUUAGAAAUGGCAUCGCAGGUGGUGAAGCCUUUACGCAGUUAUUGGAGGCUGAUAAAGAGCGGUAUGAACUUGUUUCAAAACCUGCGUUCGCGUUAAACGUAUUCCGUGUGAAUCCUCCACCAAAGCUAGCAAAGGAAGUUGAGAAUGAUAAAAAGGAGUUUGAGAGGAGGUGUAAUGAGGUUACGAGGAAGGUUGGGGAUAGGGUUAAUAAGGAAGGGAAAAUAUUUAUUACGCAGACGGUUUUGGGGAAAGGCGAGGAGGCUAUUACGGCUAUUAGAGUUGUGGGUGGAGCGCCGGCGGUACAGGUUCAGGAUUUGAGGAAUGCUUUUGCAAUUAUUACAGAGGUUGUGGAUAGGGUUUGGGAGGAGGAGGUUAGGGAGCACGAGGCGGGGGCGAGGGAGCAGGUUGAAUUGCAGGCGGUUUAA